CCUAAACGUGCAGCUGGGAAAUAAAUUUAACGUGAAUGAACCAACGUCCAUAGAGGCUGGUCAAUCGACCAUUGACAAAAGUCCUAUACCUGGAGAAGCAUGGAUAGUACCUAGCGAUACAAGAGCAAUGCUAAAUGAUACAGGACGAAUUCCUGGUGUAUCAGGACCAAUGUCUGGUGACACCAUAACAAAUGCUGGAGAUACAGGAUCAAUUACUGACAACCUCAAAACAAUGCCUUUAUACAUAGGAUCAAUGCCUGUUGACACAGGCUUAAUGACUGGCAUCACGGGAUCAAUGCCUGGUAACACAGAAUCAAUGCCUGGUGACACAGGAUCAAUGCCCGGUAUCACAGGAUCAAUGAUUGGUAACACAGGAUCAAUGACUGGUGACACAGGAUCAAUGCCUGGUGAAACAGGAUCAAUGUCUUCUAACACAGGAUCAAUGCCUGGUAACACAGGUUCAAUGCCUGGUGACACAGAAUCAAUGCCCGGUGACGCAGUUUCAAUGCCCGGUAACAAAGGAUCAAUGUCUGGUGACACAGGAGCAAUGCCCGGAAGCACAAGAUCAAUGCCUGGUGACACAGAAUCAAUGACUGGUGACACAGGAUCAAUGUCUGGUGACACGGGAUCAAUGACUGGUAACACAGGAUCAAUGAUUGGUAACACAGGAUCAAUGACUGGUGAUACAGGAUCAAUGACUGGUGAAACAGGAUCAAUGCCUGUUAACACAGGAUCAGUGCCUGGGAACACAGGUUCAAUGUCUGGUGACACAGGAUCAAUGCCUGGUGACGCAGUAUCAAUGGCCGGUAACACAAUAUCAAUGCCUAGUGACACAGGAUCAAUGUCUGGUGACACAGGAUCAAUGCCUGGUAACACAGGAUCAAUGCCUGGUGUCACAGGAUCAAUGACUGGUAACACAGGAAUAACGCCAGGUGACACAGGAUCAAUGUCUGGUUACAUGGGAUCAAUACCUGAUAACACAGGAUCAAUGACUGGUGACACAGGAUCAAUGACUGGUGACACAGGACCAAUAACUGGUGACACGGUAUCAAUGCCUCGUGACACGGUAUCAAUGACUGGUAACACAGGGUCAAUGCCUGGUGACACAGGAUCAAUGACUGGUAACACAGGAUCAAUGCCUGGUGACACAGGACCAAUGCCUGGUGACACGGUAUCAAUGCCCGGUAACACAGGAUCAAUGCCUGGUGACACAGGAUCAAUGACUGGUAACACAGGAUCAAUGCCUGGUGACACAGGAUCAAUGCCUGGUGACACAGGAUCAAUGACUGGUAACACAGGAUCAAUGCCUGGUGACACAGGAUCAAUGACUGGUAACACAGGAUCAAUGCCUGGUGACACAGGAUCAAUGACUGUUAACACAGGAUCAAUGACUGGUGACACAGGAUCAAUGACUGGUGACACUGGAUCAAUGACUGGUAACACAGGAUCAAUGCCUGGUGACACAGGAUCAAUGACUGUUAACACAGGAUCAAUGACUGGUGACACAGGACCAAUGCCUGGUAACGCAGGGUCAAUGCCUGGUAACGCAGGGUCAAUGCCUGGUGACACAGGAUCAAUGACUGGUAACACAGGAUCAAUGCAUGGUAACACAGGAUCAAUGCCUGGUGUCACAGGAUCAAUGACUGGUAAUACAGGAAUAAUGCCAGGUGACACAGGAUCAAUGUCUGGUUACACGGGAUCAAUACCUGAUAACACAGGAUCAAUGACUGGUGACACAGGAUCAAUGACUGGUGACACAGGACCAAUGCCUGGUGACACGGUAUCAAUGCCUCGUGACACGGUAUCAAUGACUGGUAACACAGGGCCAAUUCGUGGUGACAAUGGAUCAAUGCCUGGUGACACAGGAUCAAUGACUGGUAACACAGGAUCAAUGCCUGGUGACACAGGAUCAAUGCCCGGUAACACAGGAUCAAUGAUUGGUAACACAGGAUCAAUGACUGGUGAUACAGGAUCAAUGACUGGUGAAACAGGAUCAAUGCCUGUUAACACAGGAUCAGUUCCUGGGAACACAGGUUCAAUGUCUGGUGACACAGGAUCAAUGCCUGGUGACACAGGAUCAAUGGUUGGUAACACAGGAUCAAUGCCUGGUGACACAGGAUCAAUGACUGUUAACACAGGAUCAAUGACUGGUGACACAGGACCAAUGCCUGGUGACGUAGGAUCAAUGCCUGGUAACGCAGGGUCAAUGCCUGGUGACACAGGAUCAAUGACUGGGAACACAGGAUCAAUGCCUGGUGACACAGGAUCAAUGACCGUUAACACAGGAUCAAUGACUGGUGACACAGGACCAAUGCCUGGUGACGCAGGAUCAAUGCCUGGAAACGCAGGAUCAAUGACUGGUAACACAGGAUCAAUGACUGGUAACAAAGGAUCAAUGACUGGUGACACAGGAUCAAUGCAUGUUGACACAGGAUCAAUGCCUGGAGACACAAAAUCAAUGACUGGUGACGCAGUAUCAAUGACUGGUAACACAAGAUCAAUGACUGGUAACACAGGAUCAAUGCCAGGCGACACAGGAUCAAUGCCUGGCAACACAGGAUCAAGGUCUGUUGACACAGGAUCAAUGACUGAUGACACAGGACCAUUGACUGGUAACACAGGAUCAAUGACUGGUGACACGGUUUCAAUGUCUGGUAACACGGGAUUAAUGACUGGUGACACAGGAGCAAUGCCUAGUGACGCAGUAUCAAUGCCCGGUAACACAGAAUCAAUGCCUGGUGGCACAGGAUCAAUGCAUGGUAACACAGGAUCAAUGCCUGGUGACGCAGAAUCAAUGCCUGGUGACGCGGUAGCAAUUCCAGGUAACACAGGAUCAAUGACUGGUAACAACGGAUCAAUGACUGGUUACACAGGAUCAAUGCCUGGUGACACAGGAUCAAUGACUGGUAACACAGGAUCAAUGCCUGGUGACGCGGUAGAAAUGCCAAGUAACACAGGAUCAAUGACUGGUAACACAGGAUCAAUGCCUGGUGACGCAGGAUCAAUGCCCGGUAACACAGGAUCAAUGUCAGGUAACACAGGAUCAAUGCCUGGUGACGCAGGAUCAAUGUCUGGUGAAACAGGAUCAAUGACUGGUGACACAGGAUCUAUGCCAGGUGGCACAGGAUCAAUGUCAAGUAACACAAGCUCAAUUCCUGGUGACACAGGACCAAUGCAUGGUGACGCAGGAUCAAUGCCCGGUAACACAGGAUCAAUGUCAGGUACCACAGGAUCAAUGGCUGGUGACGCAGAAUCAAUGUCUGGUGAAACAGGAUCAAUGACUGGUGAAACAGGAUCAAUGCCCGGUGACAUAGGAUCAAUGUCUGGUAACACAAGCUCAAUUCCUGGUGACACAGGAUCAAUACCUAGUGAAAAUAGAUCAAUUCCUGGUGACAAAGGAUCGAGGUUUGGUGAAAUAGGAACAAUGCCUAUUGUUAAAACGGCUAUACUGUCUGAUGCAGUACCUAUUCCUAUUAAUGUUCAACAAGGGCCUAUUGAUGCAGCUCCGACAACUUUGGUUGUAUCACCAAUAUCUGUUAAACCAGUACCUAUUGAUGCAGAACAGCCUAUUGAUAUAUCACCAUUGCCUUUUGACGUAUCACCAAAGCCUAUCGAAGUAGAACCCAUGGCUAAUGAUCAAGCAUCUAUGUCUGUAGAUAGAGGACGCAUGCCUGAUGACAGAGGACCAAUGUCUAGUGAUACAGGACGAUUAUUUGGUGGCACAGGAACAAUUCCUGGUGGUACCGGACAAAUGUCUUCUGAUGUGGGACUAUUACCUGAUGUCACCGGACAAACGUCAGCUGAUGUUGGACUUUCACCUGAUGGUACCAGACAAACGCCAGUUGAUGUUGGACUAUCACCUGGUAUUACCGGACAAACGCAUGCCGAUGUGGGGCAUUCACCUGCUGGCACCAGACAAACGCAUGCUGAGGAUGUAUUAAAGCCUGGUGAUAUACAACCCAUGUCUGGUGAUGUGGGACAAACGCCUCGUGAUGUUGGUCCAAUGCUUAGGGGACAAAAGUCUGAGGAAGUGGUCGUUAAACCUGUCGCGGAGAGACCAAUGGUUGAUCAAUCUGAGCCAACAUUUGAAGAUGGAUCUAUGUCUGUUGUCUCGAAGUUCACAGGUCCGGACGGAUGUGACCAAUUUCCCUAUCGGACGGAGGGUCGACUCAUAAUAUUCGAAGAACUAGGCAACAAUUGUGAAUUGACAAUUGACAUGCCGGCGGUGAAGGACCUACUGAAGAAAGGUCGAGGACGUGUUCUUGAAGAAACAUCAAGUCGAAUCGGAAAGUUUUCGGCAGCCAAAGGAAAUCCAAACAGCGUCGGUGACUGUCCGACGUGGCCUAUCAGCAUUCAACCAUGGGGUCAGGUGCAUAUAAAGACAACCCCUGCCUGUCACAUAAUCAUACAUCCGGAACGGAAGCAGCGCGGCAGAGGUUCUUCAGGACGAACAAUUCCGCGGCGCGUAGCAUUUGUCAAGGCGGAGGGUCUGCCAGAGUCUAAUACGCCAUAGAGGGGGGAGCCUUUCUGUGCCAUGCAUACAUGUAGCCACAUUGUUUUGUAUAAAAUUAUUUGCUAUAAAAACAUACAUGUUUGAUUUAUAAACUUUUUUUUGUGUUUGAAGUGUAACUUCUGUUUCCUGAAUUAUGUAAUAUACUAGUAUUGUAUAUAUGAAUCGUUUU